AUGGAGGCCACAGAAAAACCACAAAGGCCAUGGCGUGGACGAGUUCUGAUGGCUUCGGUUGCGAUAGGAGCAAUAGCAAUUUUUCUAGGUAUAUAUUUUUCGGGACAAGAUGUGCAACAAGUCAUCAGCCUUGCUAAAGAGAAAUUAAUAGGAGUAAGUGAAGCCCCUCCAGCGGCAAGUGAAAGUGAGCCUGUUCAUGUGAAAAAGGAUGAGCAAAAGCUUCGCCAAGAACAAAUGGAAAAAGAUCGACAGCAGCAGCAACAACAUAUAGAUGAGCGAGAGAAAUUGAGGAGGCAGCAAAUUCAGCAGCAGCAGGAGAAGCGUAAGCAGCAGCUCCAACAAAGGGAAGAAGAAGAGAAAAGAAGAAGAGAAGCGUAUGAAAAACAAGAGCAAUUGAGGAAACAACAACAACAAGAACACGAGGAACAGCUACGAUUGAGGCAACAACAGCAACGUGAAGAAGAGGAGAAAAGAUUGAAAGAGCAACAAAAACGUGAAGAAGAGGAACGUAAAAGGCAGCAAGAAGAACAGGAACGAUUGAAAGUUCAGAAGCAAAAGGAAGAGGAGGAAAAACUGAAGAUUCAGAAGCAACAGGAGGAAGAAAAACUGAGGUUGCAAAAGGAGGAAGAGGAAAAAAUAAAACGGCAGAAGGCGGAGGAGGAAAAAUUGAAGCUGCAAAAGCAGAAAGAAGAAGAAGAAAAACUGAAACAGCAAAAAGUAAAAGAAGAGCAGGAGAAGUUAAAACAGCAGAAAGAGAAGGAAGAGCAGAAGAAAGCGGAGCCGGUGAAGCAGCAACAACAACAACAGCAAAAUCCACCAAAACAGCAACAGCAACAGCAGCAGCAACAACCACAACAACAACAACAACAACAAGCUGCGGAGCAAAAACAACAGCAGCCACAAGUCCCCAAGCAGGAGAAGGUUGCGAAAGCACAGGAACAACCACCAGUUGUACCAGCUGCAUGA